CGCCAACUCCCCCGGAAUCGUUAAGGCCACUUGGCAGUAACACCGGCUCGGCGCUGGUGUCCAGAAACAGGUGUUGCAAUCUUUUUACAAACUGAAGGCAAGAUCCUCCACCAGCAGAAAGAUUGCAACUUGCUCUGUUGCAAAAUUGCUAUGCUCCGAAACCAGCAUUAUCUCUUGGUCCUUUGCAGGUCAUUAAUUUCCCAUCACUUCAGUUGCACGUGAGUGCAGCAGCAAUGAGAUCCAGUCAGGAGGAGUUUGAAAAUGCAGUGAAUCGGGUAAAACUGUUGAAGAAGGAUCCAGGAAAUGAAGUGAAGCUAAAACUCUAUGCACUGUAUAAGCAGGCCACUGAGGGACCUUGUAAUAUGCCCAAACCAGGUGUGUUUGACUUUAUUAAUAAGGCUAAAUGGGAUGCAUGGAAUGCUCUUGGCAGUAUGCCCAAGGAAACUGCCAGGCAGAGCUAUGUGGAUUUGGUGUCCAGUUUGAGUUCUUCCUCUAUGUCCUCUAGCCAAGUGAAGCCUGGAGCAGACAGGAAACAGCAGGAAUAUGAAAACCUGGUGGUGACCUCUGAGGACGGCAUCACAAAGAUCAUGUUGAACCGGCCCACCAAAAAGAAUGCAAUCAACACUCAGAUGUAUCAAGAAAUCAUUCUUGCACUUAAAGCUGCAAGCAAGGACAACUCAGUCCUAACUGUUUUAACAGGAAAUGGUGACUAUUACUGUAGUGGGAAUGAUCUCACUGACUUCAGUGGUAUUACCGCUGGCGAAAUAGAGGAGAAAGUUAAAAAUAAUCUUGAUAUGCUGAGGGUUUUUGUAAACAGUUUUAUAGAUUUUCCUAAGCCACUGAUUGCAGUGGUAAACGGUCCAGCUGUGGGAAUCGCCGUCACCAUCCUUGGGCUAUGCGAUGCUGUGUAUGCCUCUGACAGGGCAACAUUUCAUACUCCUUUUAGUCACCUAGGCCUAAGUCCAGAAGGAUGCUCCUCUUAUACUUUUCCGAAGAUAAUGGGCCCAGCCAAGGCAAUAGAGAUGCUUGUUUUUGGAAAGAAGUUAACAGCAGAAGAAGCAUGUGCUCGAGGACUUGUUACUGAAGUUUUUCCUGAUAAUACUUUUCAGAAACAAGUUUGGGCCAGGCUGAAAGCAUAUUCAGAGUUUCCCGCAAAUUCCAUAAGAAUUUCAAAACAGGUCAUCAGAAAUAUGGAGAAAGAAAAGCUAUAUGCUGUUAAUGCUGAAGAAUGUAGUGUCCUCCAAGAAAGAUUGUUGUCCAACGAAUGCAUAAAUGCAGCCGUGAACUUCUUAUCCAGAAAAGCAAAACUGUGAUGACUACUAGAGGAAAGUUAAGUGUUUCAAAGGAAUGGAUGUGCUAUGAUUUCUGAUUUCUAAUAUUUGAACUAAAUGAACUUCACUGUGCCUUUUUCAGUGAUGAAUUAUGAUUUAUGAUGAUUAUAUUUUACCAGAGCCCUGAUGAAAAGUUAAAUAAGCUUUAAGAAUUUACAUACAUUUGCCCUGGCUGGAUACUCCUGUUAGAACAUCAUCCUGAUAUGCCAAGGUUACAGGUUCAAUCUCCAGUCAGGGCACAUACAGUCCAUAAAUGAGUCCAUAAAUAAGUGGAACAAAAUUAAUAUUUCUCUCCCCUUCCCAUUCCUUCUUUUCUCUCUAAAAAGCAAUAAAUUUUUUUAAAUUUAAAAAAUUAACUAAGUUUCAUGUUGAACUCCUGACGCCAGUAGAAGCAUGGGAGCUGUGUGGGGCUGCAGUCCUCUCCACCCCAGGUUGCCACCCCUGCCCUCUCCAUGUGCAGGGGCUCAGUGUCCCCAGCUGCUGCUCCCACCCUGCCCAGGAAUCAAUUGAUCAUAUAGUAUUUGAUGACACCUCACUAGUGGUUCUCUGCUGGGGUAGUAUUGUCACUUAAUGGUGUUUGGGAGGGCUGGGCCAUAUUUUUGGUUUUUCAUGGUGUAUUUAGUGCCCAGCGCCAAAUAUGGUAACAUCCUGCAUGCUAGGGACAAUCACACCAAAUAAAGAAUUCCAUCCAAAACAC